AGUUUUAAUUCUCCUCUAAUCUCUGCAACAGCAGCGCUUCCCGGUCCCGCGGCUCCUGCUCCCGCUCAGCUGCCGUCACUGCCAGGUGAGCAUCUGAGCAGCCUCCGCCCCAUCACCCACCAUGGACAACCUCCAAGAAAAAGUGGCUCCGGACGCGCUUGCCUGAGAAUUCCGCACAAAAGAGGAGCCCAAAAUGAAGACCCUGAUGCGCCAUGGUCUGGCAGUGUGUUUAGUGCUCACUACCAUGUGCACCAGCUUGUUGCUCGUGUACAGCAGCCUCGGCAGCCAGAAGGAGCGGCCCCCGCAGCAGCAGCAGCAGCAGCAGCAGCAGCAGCAGGCGGCAACCGCGACUGGCAGCACGCAGCUUGUGGAGAGCAGUCCCCAGCCACGUAGAACCGCCCCCGCAGGACCCCGGCAGCUCGAAGGAUACCUCGGUGUAGCAGACCACAAGCCCCUGAAAAUGCAUUGCAAGGAUUGCGCCCUGGUGACCAGCUCAGGGCAUCUGCUGCGUAGUCAGCAGGGCCCCCACAUCGACCAGACAGAGUGUGUUAUCCGCAUGAAUGAUGCCCCCACCCGAGGCUAUGGGCUUGACGUGGGCAACCGCACGAGCCUGCGGGUCAUCGCACAUUCCAGCAUCCAGAGGAUCCUCCGCAACCGCCAUGACCUGCUCAAUGUGAGCCAGGGCACCGUGUUCAUCUUCUGGGGCCCCAGCAGCUACAUGCGCCGGGAUGGCAAGGGCCAGGCGUACAACAACCUACAGCUCCUUAGCCAAGUGCUGCCUCGGCUGAAGGCCUUCAUGAUCACGCGCCACAGGAUGCUGCAGUUCGAUGAGCUCUUCAAGCAGGAGACUGGCAAAGACAGGAAGAUCUCCAACACUUGGCUGAGCACUGGCUGGUUCACCAUGACAAUUGCUCUGGAGCUGUGUGACAGGAUCGAUGUUUACGGCAUGGUGCCCCCAGACUUCUGCAGGGACCCAAAGCAUCCUUCCGUACCCUAUCAUUACUAUGAGCCUUCAGGACCCGAUGAAUGUACAAUGUACCUCUCUCACGAGCGAGGACGCAAGGGCAGUCAUCACCGUUUCAUUACAGAGAAACGGGUGUUUAAGAACUGGGCACGGACAUUCAACAUUCACUUUUUCCAACCAGACUGGAAACCAGAAUCACCCGCUGUGAAUCAUGCCGAGGGUAAGCCUGUGUUCUGAGGGGUGAACAUGGUGGACAGCGGUGUCCACGCUGUGUGGCAGGAGAGGAAGGACUUAAACUCUAGGCAGGGAAACGGGAACUGAAUGGGUGACCGAGAAGAGCGGCGUCCUUCAGCACCAUGGACAGAUCCCAGCGGCCAGAGAACAUUCCAGAACGCUUACAUGCUAAUGAGUGUUGUCUCUUGGAAAGAGCAACUGAAGCCUUGAUUCAGUGACACUGCCAUGGCUAGGAACACCCCAGGUCUCUGGGAGUAUUGCCUUCGAAACUGAACCGGGAGCAGCCCGCCACUUUUAGUUGCAUUUCUUUACAGAUACCCACGUCAAAAGACUUUUUUAUCAGAAACCUAACCUGACCUAUAGUCUCUGUCAUUUGUCAGACUUUGUGAUUUGUAAAAGGCCUGAAAGUAUGGACAUGCUUCCGAAGAGCACAUCUCCAAUGAUUUUCAUAAAGCAAAUGUCUGCUAUUUAUUUAUUGAGAGUUUUUUAGUGUACUCUAGGCAGUAUUUUUAUAGAUUAUGAUUAUGUGGCAAUGUAUUCUUCCUGACUCUUUAAUCCUGAAUGGUGGUUGGUAUGGGCUAGGAUCGGGCUGAUGAGUUACUGAAUUCACAAUGCCCAUUACUAGCUUGAAAUCAGUAUUUGAUGUGGAAAUGUGCAACAUUGUUUGAACCUCUCUGCUUCAGGCAAUUUGCUGUUUCAUAACAAAAACAGCUAUAACACUUUCUAAUGUACAUAAAUGUCCAAAAGAACAAAAUUGAAACCCAAAAACUGUGUUAUUAAAACAAAAAGAUGCUAAUGAGAGAAAUUUAAAGAUACCCUUACUUUUUCUUCAGUAGCAACUGAUAAUACAAGCUAUUUCUCUUUGAGUUCUACUUCCCCUUUCCUUAGAAUGUAGGAUAAAGUCCCGAGUUCCUCUUGCAAAUCUAAGAUAGUCAGAGCCUCUCGUUUAUAGGAGGACUAGACACUUGGAUUGAUGUGGGGCUGACAGUAGGAGGAAACUUCCAGUCAGGGUAGAGAUGUCAGGGUCCUCUGGGUAGACAUCACGCCUCCUCCUGGGGCUCUCUUGCCUAACUACUAUCCCUAGAUUCUUUAAGAAAGUGAGAAAUUGGGGGCAGGGGGUGGAGGCAGUGCCAAGAGCUGCCCAUGUUUUGAGAACACAGAACAGUUCCACCCCACCGGCUGCAAGUCUUGGAAUAUGAAGGACUCCUCUCUCCAUUCAAAUCCACGAUCAAGUAGUACUAUAGACUUUCAUUUUAGAAACUUGUAUCGCUCAGAAGAGUAAGAAAUACUAGACUCUUCUUUACAUCGUGCCAAAGGGACUUUAGUGUGUCUAAUGACAGGCUUGAGGGCAGCAGCUAAUGUCGUGAGGGAACAGGCAUUCUCUACAAACAGGACAGGACUUGUGAAUAAAGUGUCUCAUACCACCAGUUCUUUCCCAUCUUUUUAAUUAGUGAUAAUGUCCCAUGCCCUUUCAUUAAGUAGAACUAUUCAUUAUGCAGGGCGCCAUUGUGGAGCUGCAGAUACAGUCCAGGUAUUCAGACAGCAAAGACAAAGUGUUAUUGUGGUGUGGCUUGAGUUAUUUAAAGUCAGUAAAAAAGAAAAAGAAAAAAAUUAAAUGGCUGUCCAAGA